AUGCACGAGAACGGCCUGGAGUACCAGGCGUCCGAGGUUGUGGUGUCCAACGGCGCAAAGCAGUCCAUUUGGCAGGCUGUGCUGGCCACUGUGUCACCCGGAGACGAGGUCAUCAUCCCGGCACCUUACUGGGUGUCCUACCCUGAGAUGGUGCGGCUGGCGGGGGCCGUCCCCGUCAUCCUGGACACCACCCCGGAGGACGGCUUCCUGCUGACACCAGAGGCGCUGGCGGCGGCGCUCACGCCGCGCUCGCGCCUCAUCAUCCUCUGCACGCCCUCAAACCCCACGGGCGCCGUGUACCCGCUGCAGCGCCUGCAGGAGCUGGCAGCCGUCGUGGCCCCCCACCCGCGCCUGCUGGUCCUCAGUGAUGAGAUCUACGAGUGCAUCACCUACGCGCCCGCGCAGCACCACAGCUUUGCGGCGCUGCCGGGCAUGUGGGGCCGCACGCUCACAGCUUUCGCCAUGACGGGGUGGAGGCUGGGCUACCUGGCGGCGCCGCAGCACUUUGCCAACGCCUGCGCCGCCAUCCAGUCGCAGUCCACCAGCGGCGCCAGCAGCAUCGCGCAGCAGGCGGCGCUGGCUGCGCUGGGCCUCGGCCUGAGGGGGGGUGAGCCCGUGGCGCGCAUGCUGGCGGCCUUCCAGGAGCGGAGGACCUACAUCGUCGGGCGCCUGAGGGAGAUCCCAGGCAUCAAGCUGGCAGAGCCACAG